CGCACCAUGGGACACGCGUUCGUCUGUUUCCGCUACUGCCUCGUCGCUGGUGCGAUCCUCCUUGGCAUUUCCGGUGCAAUCGUGAGUGUGUUUGCCAGUUAUUUCAUUUAUCAGCUGCAUCAAUAUGCGUUGCUCACACCCAGCCAUGUGUGCGGGUCACCUGCUACUUUGUUGGCGAUGGGCGUUAUUACAUGCGGAAUCGGCUGGUUGGCCUGGCAAUUCCUGGAUUUUUCCAACAAAGGUCAAGUGAUCAUUUUUGCUAUAGCAAUGGCGAUCAUCGUGCUGAUCGAAACCGGUGUCGGGAUUUGGGCCUUAGUACGCCAUGAACAAGUAGACACCCUGUCGUCUACACGACAUGAAGAGAUUUUUGCCCUUGCGGUCACGGACGAGAAAUCUAUGUGUCAAGGUCAUUAGAGCUGAUUACAAUGUUGCGGAAUAGAUGGGCCUUCCGAUUAUCGUAGCGUAGAAUCGAUUCCUUGGUCCUGUUGCAACACGACGAAUCAGGAAAACAAUACCGGGGGUGCUUGCACUACUAUCAAUAAACGUGGAUGUCAGCACGUGGUUUUAAGUCGGACGAGAUCGAUCCUUCUUCAUGUGUUUCUGCUCGCGUUAUGCUCUGUGCUGUUGCAGAUUUCCUUCAUAGCGUGCACGACUUGUUACGUUAGGAUAUACAAAGACAGGAUGGAAAGGAGAGCGUCAGAGAUGGCUAUGCGCACGUCUCUGCAAGAUACGAAGGAAACAGAUACUAAGAACAAUCUUUUAAUACGUCAGUCGAAAUAUUCGCAUAAUUCUGGCAGUCCUUAGCUAAUGCUGUAUAUGACGAAGGACAGAAAUGUGUGUCGCUUAAGACGUUGCAUCAUUGUGAUAUGCGAAAUAGUUUCGCGUGGUGACAAUAUCAACAGUGUAUAGAUACAUUAGUGAUAUUAAUAUCCCCAUUAUACAGGGUGUUUCAGAUCAAUCGAGAUACACUUCCAAUUUUUUUUCACUCUCUAAAUUCUUCGGUGUAGAAUCUCACUCUAAAAGGUAAAAAAAUUGAGUUAGUCGUGAAAAAGACUGGCUAAUUAUCAAUCUUUUAGGGUGAAAUUUCAUUCUUCAAAGUGACGAUUCACUCUAAACAUUUUAGAAAUUAUACUUUAGAGAGAGGGAGG